GAGACGUAGGAUACAGACAGCAAGGCUUCAUGUAGUGUGGUGUGGUGGGGCGAAUGGAGUAUUGGGGGGUUGUGUUAUUGGGUGGAGAGUCGUGGUCAGUGGGGCUGGACAGAGAGCGCGGAGGGGGUGUUGUGUAAAGGCUUGUUGUUAUUGGGAGGAGGGGGACGUGGUCAGUGGGGCCUGAAGGAGGGUGCGUAAGGGGUGUUGUGGGUUGUGUGAUUGAGAGGCAAGACGUACAGUACUGUGGGGCACUAGAGGGCCGGGCGUGACGGGACGGAGAGGGCAUGCGGUGGCGGCUCACGCGCGGUCCACCAGUGAUGGGCUGCUCAGGAUGGAGGCUGCUGUGGAGUACCUGCCUGCUCAACAUGCUCCUACAGCUACGUGCGGUGCGUGUGAUGGUUCGGGAGCCCAGCCUGGAGGCCAUCCAGGGGGAUGCGGUGGUGCUGCCCUGCUCCUUCUUCACCAUGAUCCCCCUCUCACGCCUCAACAUCAUCUGGACCCUGGCACCGCUCUCAGACCCAGACUCACCCUCACAGGUGAUUGCGUAUGACCAAGGGCAGGUGAUUGAGAGCCCGGAGUUUACAGGUCGCGUGCGGUUCACGGGGAUCCCCUGGAGUGCGGACGUGAUCAUGAACGAGUCGCGUGUGUCCGACGCCGGCAUCUACCGCUGCGUGGUCAGCAACCCUCCUGAGGUCGGAGAUCCAGGCAUUGGAGAGCUCAGCCUUAGUGUCCUGGCUCCCCCGUCGCUGCCCGUGUGCCUGUGGGAGGGUGACAUGCAGGAGGGGGGCAGCGUGUCUCUGUCGUGUGCCGUGUCCGAGGGCGUGCCCACCCCGGAGAUGCGCUGGGAGAAACUGGAGCCAGAGAGCAUCAGCCUGCCUCUCAACAUGGACAGUGACAUGUCCGGGUUUGUCCAAAUGGCCAAUAUAUCAGCGCAGACGUCUGGGAUAUAUCGCUGCUCUGUGUCCAAUGUCCUGGGCAGCCAGAGCUGCUAUAUCAACCUGUCCGUGUACAGCCCUCCUGACAAUACUCCAGGCAUCCUGCAGGGGGUGCUGCUGACCCUCUCCAUGGCUCUGGUGCUGCUGGCUCUGGUGGUGCUGGUGCUGUGGCUGCAUCGCUCCGGCCAGGAGAGGAAGGUCAAGGCCCCCAAGGAGCAGGAGGAGGACGAGUGCUACAACGAGAUCAGCUACACCCCGUCGCUCAUCAAGCGCUCCUUUGUCUAAACCUCCAGCUGAUUGACUGAGAACCAACAGCUACGUACCCGUACAGAAAUUGAAGUUCAAGCAACUGGACUUGGUUUUUGGUGAUGGGAUGGAUGUGCAGUGGCCUGACAACUUGACCAGCUCCUAUGACCCGAAUGAAUGAGUAUCCUCACAGAACACUAAUAUCUUUUACUUGUACAUCCAACCAGCUCGACUAACUUCUCUCUCUCUCUCCCUCAUUUCACCAUCUACCCUACUGGAUAAAAUAAGUUAAUAAAAGGAAGGAAGGGACUACUGGUCUCCUCUAGUGCUUUUUCGUAUAAAAAAACGCACAUUACAUAAUUGGGGAUUUCAUUUAAACACAACUUAAGCACAUCCAUUUCCUGCCUUCCCAUAGGACAUUGAGGAACUGGACAGGAAGAGAGAGGGAUAGAGAGAGAUGGAGGAAGGGUUUCGAAAUGAUCCAGACCAGAAUGGAAUCUGGAUUCUCAUGAGCAGGUUGCUUGGUCCUCCAUAUAUGGUCUGGGUGCUCUAUGGUGUAUCUGCAGCGUACCACUGCAAUCCCCUUAC